GGAACGUAUUCCGCAUCAUUGUUGAUCUAUAUUUGGCUGGCACGGAAACCACUGCUAACACUUUGAGAUGGUCCCUGGUUCAUAUGGUAAAUCAUCCGGACGUUCAGAAGAGGGUGCAGCAGGAAAUUGAUCAGGUCAUAGGUCAAGGUCGUGUUGCCAACAUGGAGGACAAGGCCAGGAUGCCAUUCACGGAAGCGACCGUAUUGGAGGUCUUUCGUAUGUCCCCGGUUGCCCCCCUUGGAGUUCCCCAUGCCACCAGUGAAACUACAAUUUUGGCGGGAUACACAAUUCCCAAGGACACCAUGAUUGUGGCAGAUUUCUACCGGAUUCUUCACGAUGAAAAUAACUUCCAGGAUCCUUACAAGUUCAAACCAGAAAGAUGGCUGGAUGGCGAUGGUAAAGUGACCAAGUCGGACAAAAUGAUACCGUUUUCCAUCGGACCCCGUGUUUGCCUGGGAAAGGGACUGGCUGAAAUGGAAUUAUUCAUUUUCCUGACCACGUUGCUUCAGAAUUUUACCUUUAAGGUUCCAGAGGGCGAGAAACCACCCGAUGGAGUGGAAGGUUUCUACGCUGACGCUUUUGCACCACGCAUCUAUAACGUGUGCGCUGUUAGACGUUAGAAUGAAGACGCACAGCGCAAACAAUAAACUUACAUGCGUGGAAAACGGCAUCCAUUAUCUUUAAAGAAGCAUAUUAAGGCAGUAGUUAUAAUUGGCAUCUUGAUUGCUUCCCACGUGAUAUGAACACUGAAUUGAAUAUAAUCGUUGAUAACCAAGUAUAUUGGUGUGGAAUCAGGAAGCCAUACACUGUAUCUAUUCUUAACAGAUUUACGAAAAGACGGUCUUUUAUCGUUUUCAUUCUUAUGUAGGGCACAUGGAAGUAUUUUUAAAAUACCGUCUCGCUCCACUCACUAUUUUGCCUUUUACGACUCAGGGUACACCCUAAGUUAUUGGCCGUCGCCAAGGUUUCCUCAAAGGACGUUUAUUUUAUCCAGGGGCGGAUCCAGAGAUAUUUUCUGACAAUCUACCAAAUUACCAUCAUGUAAACUUGAAAAAUCUGACAGUCUUCUGGAAGACCCAGACGACAGCCUCAAUUCGCCCCUGUUAUCUACCGGCCUUACCUAUUCAUGUCAUACCUUCGGAAUUGAACCGAAUGUCAACCUUAUGAAUCGGCAAUUUUCAAUCUUAAUCGUUAUCAUAAUAUCAAACAUUACCAAUUUGCAUUAUUUUUACAUUUUUCUAUGUUCAAAGUAAGCUGUAGUAAUAGUGUUUUUAUUUUCAGUGCUAUAAUCGUUUGUCAAGUCUGUUUCAGCGAUAGACCUUGAUUCUCGAUGCUACAGCGAUGGAUUUCUUUAAUAAAAGUAGAAAAGCACUCCGAGAGUGCAGACCUCCGCCAAGGCAGCGAUUUUUAUUAUUAUUAUUGAUUAUU